AUGGGAGGCGAUAGAGCCACCGGAAUUUUCCCAUCGAGUUAUUCGCACGUUGCUGAAGAUUUAAAGGUAUCAGCGAAUACAGUAAAAAAAAAUUGGACACAAUUUUGCGAGUCAUACAAUUUCGAAAGCCUAAAACGAGGGGGGACUAUAGUUCCAAGCUAAGUGACGACGAUCUUGAACUUAUAGAAACACUCAAAGUAGAAAAGGGAUCUACUAGUCUAAAGGAGAUUUAUCAAUUAUUGGAACAAGUCGGAGACGUAGGAGGUGAUAUUUCUAUUUCGGCAAUUUCAAAAGCCAUAAAAUCCAAAUUGCCUUCAGGUAAAAAAUACACAAGGAAAAAAAUAACGCAAAUCGCAGCAGAGAGAUUCACGUUCGAAAACAUGUUGUAUACACAGCUGUUUACCGACUAUCUCAGCUCCAAAGAUGUUCAAAAAAUUAAAUUCUUUGAUGAAGCAGGGAUAAAAAUCCCAAAUGUCGGAACACGCUUAUAUGGAAAUUCUCCAAUCGGCGAAAGAUGCGUGGAAGUUGUACGAAAAAAAGAGAACCCAAACACAACUUUAAAUAUGUUAGUAUCCCUUAAUGGAGUUGAAUACUUCAACCUUAUUGACGGGGCGACAAAUACUGCGGAAUUUUUUAACUUUUUUGAUGAGGCUGCAAAUGCAACAGACCUGACUACACUACGCCCUGUUUUGGAAAUUGGAGACAUAAUUGUGAUGGACAACCUAAUUGUGCAUCACUAUGACGGCGGAGAGAUUCUAGAAGAUUUUCUAGCAGAUGCCGGAAUUGAACUUCUUUAUACGCCUGUAUACUCCCCGGACCUUAACCCAAUAGAAAUGUGCUUUAACAAAGUAAAGAUGUCGUUAAACCACGAGUAUAAUGAUUUAGUUCACAAUAAUGUCAAGUUGGCUGGCUCAUAUGCAGUUUAA